AUGCUGGUCGACUUUAUCAACGUUGUACCACCGGCACUUACUACAGAGCUCGUAGCGCUCGCACCGUAUAUCUAUGUCGCUAGGCGUAUAGCUGAAGUGGUCAGCUGGAAAUCAAAAUGGGAUGAAAGUUGGCUGGCGCUUGCUGCGUGGUGGGCUUUUUGCUUGCUUUCCGAGCCUAUGCUCAAACAUUGGACGCAUCAUCCAUCUCGAACUCGUGUAUCACAUGGUUCUCGUCCGAUAACUGAAAAAACUCUGCAAUCUAUACUCGCUGAUCUUACAGCCAUACACGCUCUUCUUCCUUCCAUUACGUUUCCCGUAUCGCCCCCCGCUCCUGGUGUUCUCCUUCGCAUGUGCUUGAUUCUCUACCCUCCAUACCUCCUUAUCACCUACUUUGUCCCACUCCAAGUUUGCUUAGGUAUAGCGGGAACGCUCGUUAUAACUCAUCGUGCAGGAUGGGCGAGUCACACCCGCUCUUCUCUUGCUCGCAGUGCCCACCUACGUUGGUCUUAUUAUCGCAUAUAUUCCAUUAUCUCCGGUGUCCCUCUCCCCCCACCAUUGACUCCCAAUCCCCCAUCGUACUAUACUGCAACUUCCACCAACAGAGACGCAGCGGAUUCAAGCGUUCAACCCUCCCCUAGCCUCCGUUUUCUGUAUACUAUAUACGAGAAUCAGCGUUGGUGGAUGGCUCUCGAUUGGACUGCUGCACUUCUACCUGGAGAGCGUCCAUCUUGGUGCAAUGAUACACAAGUACCAGUUCCGCCUCCUGUGGUGUUUACUCUUCCCUCAACUACCACUGCUUACGUCUCUGAUGGGCAUGGUGGGCGAAUCCGCCGGACGGCCCGAUGGACCUGGGAAGAGCCCGAGUGGCGGGUUGUUGUGAGGCGAGAGGGACAAGAGGGGGCAUGGAGAGUUGAAAGGUCUCCACCGCAAGAGAGAGAUACGGACAUCGGUGAAGAUGCUGCCGGCACUGCUGUAAGGAUGUUGAGAGCUGCGCGAAAGAGAAGCGGGAGCGGGACGGCAGGCCCGAGCUUCAGUGGACUUGGUGGAAGCCCAGAAAGGGAGAGGAAUACGGAGAGACAUGCAGAUGAGUCAUUUUUGGAGACUGUGGAAGAGGAAGAACCUUCGACUGAUGCAGAUGGCUGGGUAUACGGAGAUAAUAAAUGGGAAAGUUUAAGUAAUAAAGGAGGGAUGGGUAAGUAUACUCGCUAUCGCCGUUGGACGCGCGUAGCGGUCUUGAGUGAAGUCAUUGAACCAGUGGGACCAGGCGAGUUUGGUGUCGCUCAUGGGACUGUUGACCCGACAAGCCCUAGCACUGUCACAUCACCUGCUCUUUCUGCAUUUUCACUUUCUCCCUCGUCUAUCGGAGAGCUAGAAAAUACGUCACCGUUAUAUGAAGGCGAGGGUAUAGUAGAGGAGAAGAGGGAAGGAAGUGAGCAAUCCCAUGAACGGGAACCUUCAGCUCGGGCGCAAUCGCCGGCACAAUCCCAACCUCAAGGAGGGGGUAGUUCGGGUAGUAGUAACAGGGGGACCUCUCUGAGGCAACGGUUGAAAGCUGCCGUAGAAGGGCCAAGUCAUUAA